AUGCCGCAGCCAUCACAGCAGCGUGCGUGGGGCACACGGUUCGACACCCUUCCAUCCUCCCCACCAAUAUCUCCGAGGAAGGACAUGCACCCUCCUCAGAACUCCCAGUCUAUGGGCGACAUAUCUUUUACCACUUGCUCCGUCGUUUCAGAGGAUUACCCCAACAACCGGGUCGUACAUGAUGCUAGCAUCUUUGUUGGAAGUUUGCCGUCUAAUGUCGACCAUAUUGAGCUCAGCCACCUGCUUUCGAAGCAUUUAUCAUCUUACCCAGAGGAAAAGUCUAUCAAAGCUGUUCGUGACUCCAAAGGGGGUACUUGCGCUUUCAUUCAAUGCGAGAGUCCACAUGCAGCCGCCCGCCUACUCGAAGCUUUUGAUAAACAUCCGGUCCCUAUAUUCUUAGGCAGGAACUUGCGGUUCGAGCCUGCCAAGGCAUAUAGAACCCUUCUGGUUUCUUACAAGACUCCUAUCUCGCGUGGCCCCAUCGAUGGCAAGCCGGACAAAAAUCAUCGUGGAGUUGAACAAGAGCUUCCACGAGCCAUGAAGUUAACCAGGAGUGUUGAAUCCAAAUUUCCGAUAGUCCGGUACAAUUCGGAAGCGAUAACAGCAACUGAAACAGAAGGACAUACUGCUGACGACCAUGUCGUUUUGUCUCGGAACAUCUCCGACCUUUAUCUUUGUCCGGUCCAUUUUGAUGCAGAGACUCUACGCAAGAUAGCCGAGUUCUUUGGGACCCUUGAACACUUCGCGAAGCUUAAUAUUCCUAGAAGUGAAGAGUACCACGCGGAUGCUGUAGACCAAUCAGAGCGUCACUACUACAAGUUACCCUCUCCCCACAACUCACUCCGUUCGGCCGGAAUGGACAAAGGCUGCUGGGAAAUCAAGUGGAAGAAUCGCAACGACAGCAUCAGUGCUCAUUCGUCAGCAUCGAGCUUUAGUCAUGACCUUAGAACACAGGCACAACCACACACUCAGCGACCCACGUCUUCAAUGCACGGUCCCUCUCACGUCAAGGAGCGAGAAUAUGUCUCUGAGCAGCCCGCGUUACAAGACAUAUCUAAUUCUCAGACAUCUCAUGACUCUCAGGGAGAGAAAGGGACUUCCGCUCAAAAGGCUGCGUAUUACCAUCGCCCUCGCGCUCUUUCUUUGAACAAUGUUAUUUCUCCUGGUUCGAAGCAAGAGCUGGGAUCUGACCAUUUUCCAUCCCUCGGUUCCUUUAUCAGUGAUAGCUUGGAAGGACGUCUUUCUUGGGCUGAUGACGCAGGGAGCACUUGUCACGAAAGCCUUUCAGUCAUCGAGUCGACAUCAUCAGUUCAUGAAGCAUGCGAGGGAGACUCUAGCGGCCCAUUGGAUGGUCAAGACAAUGUGGCCUGUGUUAGCUCGCCCGACUUUGGGUCAUCUUCCCUCACACCCGCGACCGCUGUGUCCACCAUCCUCCGAACACCAACUACUGGUAGCUACCUCGAAGAUUUCCAGGAUACAGGUGCCGAGUAUAGGAAAGAACGUCUAAUUGACCGUACGACAGUCUUUGUUGGCGGUUUGGAGCCCUUGGGUACCAGAUGGGAUGAAAAGAAGGUCGCUCAAGUUUUUUCAAAGUACGGUACCGUUGAGGGCGUGAAGUUCGUACGCCCAGCAAACAAACGGUCUGCAUUCGCCUUCGUAAAAUAUGACAACGUGGAUUCUCCUGGGCAAGCUAUCAAAGGAGAGCACAACCGGAUUAUCGACGGUCGCCCUAUCCGAGUUCAGUUGCGUACCUGGAAUCCUCACGGACGCAUGCCGUGGAAGAAUGCUCCGGACAGGCUCAACAAUACUCUCACGGAUCUAUCCAUCCCGCAUUUGAGUCUGGGGUCCAUGCAUAACACAGGCCCGGAGCCUUUCUCAAACGCACUGGUGGACCGUCGGGUCGAACCAGUGAACGCAGCUUGCCAGGGAGCGCACUAUCAUGACAAUCAAACCGCCAUUUCGGACACGAAUCGAUACGAAGAUGCCAGGGCAAGGAGGCAAUUUCAACGCCUUUACAGUACAUCGGUAAAUGGCGACCAGCGCCCCCCGUCGCCACAUGCACACCAAGAUGCUGCAGCCACGUCCUCACCCUUGCAAACUACAACUCGCUCGCCGCCCUCCGUCGUGCCAGAUAAUGGGACGGCUUUAGCAUCGAGUGGCAGAUACCCGCAGGUUCCGGAAUGGCCGGCAGUACCUCAACACAACGUACAACAAGUUCCGCUGUAUGGAGGAUACCCUCUUUACUCUUAUCCCCCUCCAGCUAUGUAUCCCCGAGUCAAUGGAUCUAACAGUCCUCAGCCUGGGUUUCAAGCAUCCAUGGCGCCUCCCGGGACUAACGGACUGUACUUUCCUAUCGCUCCGUAUCCCGGACACGCUACGGCCAUUGCCCAGGGGCAAACAACCUUGCCUUUAGGUGUCCAAUCUCAAGCGCCAAUCAUGCCCACUGGGUUUAUUCAAGGGGACCAGGGCAUUCUCGUUCCUGUCUAUCCUCCUGAAGCGCUUAAUCAAUAUAUGUCCAACCAGGACCUUCCACAAGUGCAGAGGAACACUGAGGGGUCGACAUCUCCUUCCCCGAAGGUUAUACCGGGCACGCCUGCCCCUCUUUGGCGACCAUAUGCGCAUCCUACCCAUACAUACACGUCCCCUCUUUACGGGUCCACUUGUCAGCCUCCCCACGUACUACCACAUUCGGCUGCAUGGACAAAUACUGCAGUUCAAGGUCACCGCUGGCACAAUGCAGGGCCUCAUCCGCAAAAUGUACCUCCGUCCAUGGGUUAUCCAGCUCCUAACUUCCCCAAGCAACCUGAAAUCCAUGGUUCAUCUCCGCGACGCCAAUACCGAAAGGAUCCCAAUUACUCAUACAAACACGGAGGGAACCGAACAUCGGGCUUCAAUCGCUUUUACAAAGCUCCAACGGGGUCUCACCCCACCUUUGGAUCUCAUAGCUACUCUGAUUACCCGCGCGGACCGCUUACAAGGGAUGGAUGGCCUCGCUGAGCUCCGUCGCGUGGCUGCGAUUAUGUCCUUUGCGCUCCUAGACUGCAGUCACUUCCAAUAUC